AUGCUCAGCUCAGCUAUUGCAGUUACUUUCGCUGCCCUCGGCCUCGCAGCCGCGGCAUGUACCACCGUGGGCAAGGUCACUCACACCCACUACGGCUAUCCAGACAAUGACCCACCAGGACCCGCCACUGCCUACGACUGCGGUCGCAACUUCAAAGCUGGCGGCACGGGUACCUAUGCAGACCCCGUGACGUUCGCUUCCGCUCAGGGAGAGUUCACGAAGUGCGAGAUCAUCUACGACCCGUACCUUCGCAAAUAUUUGCGCUACGAGGAUUAUUGCCAACAGUGCACUGAAGACUGGGCUGCCAGUCCAAAAAUCCAUCAUAUUGACGUAUGGACUGGCAGUGCAACGGUCAACGGUGGGCAGGAGCAGAUCCAGUGCGAGAACGACCUGACCCCGGCCGACAAGAGUCAAACAAUCGUUCGGCAGCCAGCAACAAACCUUCCGGUUGACAUGAAUUGA